AAAAAGAAAAAAGAAAAGAAUAAACCAUGAUUCUGAUAUUUGAUCCGCCCAGUACGUGAUGCUGUAUAGAAAACUCUCUCCCCCCGGUGUUUCACACUCUCUUUCAUGUACUCUGCAGCCACCGAUCCCUGAUUAUCUCGUACCAUUUCUUCCAGAAUCACCAUUUUUACGAUGUGUUACGGUCACCAACGUUCCUUAUCCCCUCACGACUUAAUCCACCGCCGAUCCCAAAACGAUACAUCAGUAGUAGAUCACCUUCAGAGCCGCCUCGCUGAGACCGAGGCUCUCCUAGAACGAGCCAGGGCUCGAGAAGCCGAGCUCAAUCGCCGCCUUGAGGAGAUGAAGCGGUUCGUUUCUGUUAUGGAGAUCCUUGAGACGUACCUCAAGCGAAAGUUUCAAGAGCAGCAAGAUAACGUUGUUCGCCUCUUCUCGUCUAUACCUGCUAAAUAACGUUUGAUUCUCUGUGGUGUGAGUUUGUGCUUCUUGAUACUUGUGUGGAAAAUUGGUACUUUCAGUGAUAAUGGCACAGAUUUAGAGUUUCAAUUUUUAGAAUUGUAAAUUUCCCAGCUUUCGAGGUAAAAUUACUAUCAUCUAAUUUGUUCUUACAUUUGUAAAAGGGAAAUGCUAUGAAUUUAUUGAUCUUGUCGUUA